AGCCGAGCCGGCCGGUUGUUCCUUCUUCUAGGCGACUGUCUUGGCUUUCCCUCCAGGGGCGCCUCCUGAAUGUCGAGGAAGCCAGCUCGGCUCGAGCUAUAAGAGGCGGUUUGGGCCGAGAGGAGGCUGUGGCCUGGGAGCUCUUUAGUCCCAUUGAAAGGUUCUUGAUCGUGGCGGUGAUCGGCGUGGCGACUGUUGAGUCUAAGAAGAAUUGGUUGAUUUGCCAACUCAAGAAAUCGGUCCAGCUAAGGGAUGAGGUGCUUUCAAGCAUGCAGCAAAAGGUAGACAGUCUAUGCGAACAGCUGAAUAACACCGAAGAGAAGCCGGGAACAUGGGCCAAAACUGAAGUAGAAUCUUCAUUGAAUGGAACUUUUGGCUCUGAGAGUAAAGGUUGAUGACUGUGGUUGUUGGAUUUGCUAUCAACAUCGAGAACAGUUUAAAGGUGACUACAAUGUAAAAACCUCGGGUGGGAAUGUGACAGCAUUGUUGAAUGAGACAGAACACGAGGAGCGCCGCAUGUCGGAUUUGUCGGACUGGGCUUCAAGUGUCACAUCUGCAUCAGAAAUCCAGCUGAACAACCUUGCAAUAGAACAAGAUAUCUACAAUCUUAAGAGGGAAUGUGAAGAGAAGGAUGCGAUCAUAAAGGAACUAAACACUUCUGUCCAGUCAUCUAAUGCGGCUACUUUGAAGAGGAUAUCCGAGUUGGAGGACAUUAUACGCAGAAAGAACACGAUAAUUACUCGAUUGAAGAAGGACAUGAUUGUUCUAGAACAAAAGGUUGUCCACCUGACAAGGCUUCAAAGAGCUUCCUCCUCUACCUCAAGUCCAAACUAUUGGCAAAUUCCACCCAUGAUGGAUAACCUCCUUUACGACAUGGAUAGUACUACUAGCCCUUCUUCGUCAGAUUCGGAUUCCUCCCCGAAGAACCGUCCACAAGCUCAGGUUCCCAAAACAGAGGAAGCUAGUUUCCAGAAUGAUUACUCCCUUUAAAGGGAGAGCAGAAAUCAGCACCUGCAAAAGUAUCGAGCUCUUUUGCGAGACAAACUGAUUGCCAUUCGAUGCCUGAACCAGCUACUCCAUUAAGGGAAAUAUCGAUGAAUCAUAAGUCUAAACCACCUCUUCGAGGCAAAGGCAAGUGUCGACCAGUCAAGAUUCAAAGAGAAUUAAGAAGCAAACUCGUAGUGCAUCGAAAGAUUUUACUUCGAAGAAGAGAUGGUCUUAGUAAGUACUUGGAAACUAGAUGGUUUAGAAUCUUGGAGUGGGCCGAGUGGCAUUAUGUUGCCUGAACAUCUUCUCGUUGAAGCUCAAAGUACGUACGCUGAAUCUAGAUUGAAUGUGCAAAAUAGAUAUAUCUAUCAUACAAACUAGUACGCAUCUAUAUGUUCAGAAAAGUUUUAUU